ACUUCUUACGUCGAUUGCAGUUCUCCGAAGCUAGCUGUCAAUUGCGAUCGCUCAAAGCUUAGUGCCGUUGAACUUGAAGUGAAAGGAGUUCUAUAUAAACACGAUAUCCUAGCAGGGCUCCACUUUCAGAGCAUCAUGGCAUACGUGGUGGAUUUCCGCAGUGACACGGUCACCAAGCCCUGUGCUGACAUGAGGAAGGCCAUGUUUGAAGCCGAAGUCGGCGAUGACGUCUUUAAUGAUGACCCAACUGUGAAAAAACUCGAGGAAACUGUAGCCAAGAUGCUGAAUAAGGAAGCAGCAUUGUUUGUACCAUCAGGGACAAUGUCCAAUCUUGUUGCUGUGAUGGCCCACUGUCAAGGCCGAGGGGAGGAAGUGUUGCUAGGUGAUCAGUGCCACAUAAUGCUGUAUGAGCAGGGAGGCAUAUCUCAAUUUGCAGGCGUCAACCCCAGGACUGUCGUCAACAAGCCAGAUGGUACCUUCGAUCUUCAUGAGGCAAAAUCCAAGAUUCGUAUGGACAACAUCCACUUUCCCAGGACUCGCCUGAUCUGCAUUGAGAACACACACAACUUUGCUGGCGGAAGGGUGAUACCCAUGGCAUUUAUUCAAAAGGUCAAAGAGCUUGCCGACAGUCACCACCUUCUGGUUCACUUGGACGGGGCCCGUUUGAUGAAUGCUGUCAUCGCCACAGGGACGACCCCUGACGCCAUCACCAAGUAUUGUGACUCCGUCUCAAUUUGUCUGUCCAAGGGACUAGGCGCUCCAGUUGGAUCCUGUCUCGCCGGCAACAAGGAAUUCAUCAAAAGAGCUCGCAGACACCGCAAGGCACUUGGUGGUGGCAUGCGUCAGGCCGGCGUGCUUGCAGCUGCCGGGCUGGUGGCAUUGGAGAAGGGAAUUCCGAGGCUGAAAACAGACCAUGAGAAUGCCAAACGCCUAGCCCAAGGAAUCAUUGACCUGAAGUGCUCCAGCGUGACCUGUGACCUGGCUGCCACAGAAACCAACAUGGUGUACCUGUACAUGGGGGAGGGAGUGUCAGUUAUGUCAUUUUACCGUCUGUGCGACACAGUCUUGGAGGGUGAAGAGGAAGAACUAGGGCAGGCUAUUAAGGUGAGGAUUUGUCCCAUGAGCGAUCGCUGUAUACGAGCGGCCAUUCACCAUCACAUCACAGCCGAGCACGUCGCCAUGGCACUGAAGAAGAUAGCCUUCGUGGACAAACUGUUCCAGAACGGAGAAGUGGCCAAGCAUCUCCCCAAAGAUUGAUUACUGAGGUUACAGGUUGUUAACUGCAUCUUGGAACUUCUACUGCAUCCAGACUGCUGUUCAAAUAUGAAAGCUUUGUCAGGGCUGAGACAGUUCUUUAGUAGUCAUAUUACUUGACCAAUACCUGAAUAUAUUGGAUAGUUUGAUCGAUCAAAACCAUUCUGUGAAAAUGCAGGUUUCCUUCAAGGUUCCUGAAGCCAAAAAUACUCAUUAACUUGUGCCCUCCCCCUAUUUCUCCACAUCUGAGGCUUAAUCUGGUUUACUGAGACUGUACAUUGAGCAGUAAGCACAAUGAAAGCAAGCUCAACCAUGUUAACGCCAUAAUAGAAAGAAAGGUGCUUAAAUCAGUCACAUAAUACUGCUUUAUCUUGUGGUGCAGUAAACCGUAGCCUCCCGGGGUGAUUUAUUCUAUUUUCCAAAGUGAAGCCUUCUAAUUUCAUCACAAAUAAAACAUGGUUUUAUCUUAUUGCAAACGUGAUUUUUAAGGACGUGCUAGAAACAGACAUUUUGAACCACAAAAUACAGAAAUAAAACAGGAUUUAAAAAUGCUAAAAACUGAGCAAGAAAAUUGUCA